GCCCGCUGAGACGGUUAGUCUCGCUUUGGACUCUGCAAGAGGAGCACUUGAGCCAGUGCCUUCGAAGCGCGCCACAUGACGACGUGCAAUACUCCCCCAGCAGGAGAGUCCUUUCUGCGGAGUGAAACUCAAUAUAUGAGAAGAAUCGCUUUGCUUCAAUGUGUGUGACAGAGGAUUUGUUUCCCAUUGUCAAACACAUACCAGAUGACCUUCCUUGUGCCAACCCUGACUCAGAGCAAGGCUAAGGUAGUUGCAGGUAAAGUGUCUGUGUGUGCUUAUGUUCCUGAGCUUCCCGCUGUCCAUGGCUGAGGUCCCUGGACCAUGCAGGCACUCCAUAACUAAGGACCACCUGCUGACACUCAAACAUCUGAUGGAUAACCAAUUGAGGAGCGGGUGCUCGAUAACCUACACAUUCAUAGAACAGAAAUCUUUGAGCAAGUGUUGCUUUGUGAAAGCUGCCUUACCCUGGAUAUUGGAGCUCCUCACCACCCACUUCAAAUACAACAGGGGUUCGGUCAACUAUCGCUACGUUCAGUCUUUGAGAGCUCUCAUCCUCAACAUCUACUCGCAAAAAUGUGUUCCUCAGAUCAACGAGGAGGUUGAGGACAAGCCCGAGAGUUUUGAAGUGCUUUAUAGAGGGUCUCCCACAGAGGCGCUGCAGAGAGCUUCAAGGGUGCUCUCUGUAUAUUUGGAGUUGGUAACAAAGAGCGAUGCGCCGCUGGACUGGAAUUGCCAGUACGAAUACUCCAAGAUGUUCGGCUCCAGCACGGAGCAACCGCAAGGGUCUUCCACGGAAGCCUGCACAGACAGUUAUGUUACGAGGUCAGUGAAGGCCUCUCAGAGAAGACCACUGAGAGACCUGUACAAGCUCGGCUUCAUCAUCACCUCCAUCUUCGGAGCACUACUGCUCAUAUUUACUCUCGUCUGUCUAAUCACACAAAAGAGAAGCCACGUUCGUCACAGAUUGGCAUCUUAUAUGACUUCUAGCAGAGAGCAGCGAGGCACAGAGAUGGAGCUACAAUAAUUGUUGUCAGCCCGCAGCGGUAGAUCGAGCCCUCGUGAGGACCUGCGGUUGAUUCACAAAGAACAAACAACAUUUCAUUGCAAUAAAUCUGCCGUGCUGACUAAUUUAACUGAACGUUUCCCUUUGACGGGGAACAAUGACGGACAUUUGUUGAAGCAAAAAAUUCUGCGUAUAUUAUGUGUAUGCAUCCUAUUACAAAUACAUUUCAAGCCCACUAAAAGUAUUUCUCCACUACACAUGUUGACUAACGUAUCUCUGUUUAUCGUCUAAUCAAUUGUUUGUAUUGUUGUUCAAAAAAGUUAUUUAUUAGUUUGAUUCUAUACAAUUUCUGUAUAAUAAAUGCAAAUCCAUAUUGUACAUUUUA